CAGGCAACCAUGGUCCUGCUGCCAUUUUGCUUCCCAACAAAGCUAUUAAUUUGAAGUAGCCUCCGGGAAUUAUGGUUGAUUAAAAACAAAAAAUAAAAUGUGAAAAGGACAGUGAAGUGACAAGCUCAUGGAGCAAACACUGGCUUUCUGUGACCCGAUGAAACUACAUGUUUCGGAUUGUUUUUGGUGUUGGAGAGUUGGCGAUUUUGUGAAAAUUGCUAGAAAGAGCAGUUUGCUCGGGAGCAAUAAAAAGAUUGCGCAUUUUUUUGCGCGAUCUCUUUACUGCACGACCUCUUCACUGCGCGAUCUAUACUGGGCUCAUAAGUGCGGUGUUUUAAAAUCGGCCUGUGUUUUAUCUACGCGCGCUACACAAAAUAAUGGGAGUUUUUUUUAGUUGAGUAAUGUGGUGAUGGUGAUGCUCAACAAAAGUUCUGAAAAUUAAGACUUAUUUGUGAAAAAAAAAAUUGUCAGUUGAGCGUAGAAUAUCUUGGGAAGAUGGCGAGCUCAUCAUCCAGCAAUCCAGUGGCGGCCGAUCCAAGGCAGGUUGCAGAGGAACACGAGAAAAGACGACAGUUGCGUCAAGAUUAUCGCAGUUUGAUUGCAGAAACACAAAAGAACCGAGAAGAGCUAAUCAGUCCAGACUCAAAUGGAUUAAGUGAGACUCUACGAAGAGCAGACAACCUGUUCACUCAAGUUGCAAAGAUCAAAUGUUCGAGGGAGGCAGCUUUAGACUCUGGUCUUAUGCUACUUGUGUCCUCACUGGGUAAAGAACGAGCACAGAAACUUCACACAGAUUUCAACACAUUCGAGCCAACGGAGUUUGCUGAAAAAUUGAUCACGUUUAUGAGUGACAGGAGGAUACGUAAUGAUCAGGGAGACAGGAAUGCACCAUUUCCAAAGGAGGGGUGGAGCAAAUUAGGACAGACGGCCAAGUCAUGUUUCAGACGGGCUCCAGCAUUCCACUUUAUUUUGGGAUCUUUCGAAAGGGGGGAAUGUCCAGCAAAGAAGAAAAAGCAGACUGCAAAUCGGCAGAAGGAAAAGGACAGUGGCCCAGCAGUGGUACCCAAACAGCUGGUAUCCAUGGAAAAGAGUCACCAAGAGGUCACUACGGAGGAAGUGGAGAGAAUGCUUGGAAUUCUACACCAGGUCACGAGUUUUAACCAAGAUGACCCGUCCAAUGUGGAUCCUGUUUCGCUGUUUGAGUUUGUCAUCAACCCACAUUCCUUCAGUCAGACCGUGGAGAAUAUAUUCCAUCUCUCCUUUUUAGUCAAGGACGGCCAUGCCGAAUUGAAGUUAGACCCCGACUGGCUCCCGAUUAUCAUUCCCAAAAUGCCUUACAUGGAAGGACAAACAAAGGAGCGAGUCGACCGAAAACAGAUCAUGAUGACUCUGCACAUGACACAGUGGAAGGAAAUCAUUGAAGUGUUUGAGAUUCGGGAACCUUUGAUUCCGACGAGAGCUGAACCAAGUGAAGGGGUCAAUGGUAUACAGAGGGGCGUCGAAGAAAUGGAGAUCCCAAACGGACAACCACAACGGAAGAAAAAGGCUCGAGGAUCACGGGGACCAACCAAGCCAAGCAGUUGAUGAUCAAUUGAUGUUGUUGCACAGAACUUGCCUUACGACGUGGAGUAGUUUAUGUGUCUUUUUUUUAACCAAAUGCUGAGUUUAGGCGGUAAAAACUGUUGACUAUACUGACGUUUGCGCCAAAAAGUACUGUUGAGUGAUUCAUCUUUUUGAACUGAACACGUUUUGUAAUUGUCAAAGAGCAGUACUCUAAUGUUACUUCAGAGGGAGCCGUUUCUCACAAUUUUUCAUACAGUCAGCAGCUCUAUGUUGCUCAUAACCAAGUUAGUUUUUAUGCUAACAAAAAUCGAGUAUAACUACCAAACGUGUCCAAUGCCUUUAUAGUUAUUUAU